UAAAUCGAAUGAAACAAGCAGCAAAAGAGAAAGAAGAUGCUGUAAAUACAGAAAGAACAGAAUUCAUGGACAUGAUUAUGGAACUUACAAAUGUAAUUAAGAUACAGAAGAGAAGGAUAUGUGAAGUAACUGGUAUAUGUAAUAAUCAACAACAUACAUUGCAAGAGAGGGAUAAAGAACUACUUGAAAAGAAUAGUGCGCUGUUAGAAGUAAAACAGAUGUUGGAAUCAAGUAAUUGCGUUUGUAAAGAAUUGGAAGAAAAAAUAGAGGAUCUGAAGUACGGUUUAUGCGAAGAGAGAAAAGCUUGUGAUUGCCUUAAACAAGAACUAGAAACUCUUACAGAAAAUCAUUCUUCUGAAUUAAGAAUAAAAGAAAAGAUCGUAGAAGAACAAAACAAAACCAUAUCAAAACAGAAAAAGUUAUUGCAUGACAGUGAAGAAAUGGCACAGCAAGUUGCUUGUGAAUUUAAUCAACUCAAAGAUGAAUUGCAUAAAGAAAAACAGAGAAACAAAUCGUUGCAAUUAACACUGGAUAAAACUGAUACCGAAUUAAAUAAUGCGUAUCUAUCACAAUGUGAACAAUGUAGAAAAUUUAUAGACGAAAUAGAUUACUUGAAGAAAGAAAAACAGAGGGCAUUAACAGUUGCAAAAUUUGCAUAUCAAAAAUUACAUCAGUCUAUUAAACAAUAUCAGACAAAACUUGUUUAUGAAAGGCAGCAGUAUAGAUACAUGGUAUCUAUUGUUAACAAAAAGAACAAGAAAUAG